UCAUUUUACAGAGGGGGCAAAUGAACCCCAGAAGCCUCAUUAGUAAGUUCCCAUUAUUAAAUGUUAACAUAGACUUAUGUGCCAGGCAGAGAGGUAGUUUAGGGCUGUGAAUAGUCUCUGAGCCAAAACGAUUUACUGGUUGUUUGACUUUGAAUACAAAUCACUCAACUCUUCCACCAUCUAGGCAACUCUAAAAUCUAAGUUGCAGAGAAGGGGUCAACUUGAAUUUGUAGAUGGAGGGAUAUACCAAUUUCAUAUUCCAAUGAAAUCACUGGUCUAGUUCCUAUCUCUCUGGCACCUAAAUUCCAGAGUAACCUCUUAAGGGCUAAAGGCAUAAAUGUAAAAUGACAAUGCCUGCUCUCAAAGAUCAUAAUUGUUUUAUAUGUCAGUUUUAGGUGGAUCAUUUCAUGUUUAUUUGGAACUUUUGAUAUAAUCAUUUUAAAGAGUAUCUAGAAGUAGAUAUGUGUGCAUAUACAUAUUAUGUAUAUGCUUAUCCUAUCCUGUAUUCUGAAGAUUUUAAGGAAAAUAGCUGCAAUUUAGGGGAAAGAGCCCAAAACAGAUCAGAAGAUCUUUUUUUUUUUUUUUUUGCUGAGACAAUCGGGGUUACGUGGCUUGCCCAGGGUCACACAGCUAGAAUGUUAAGUGUUUGAGGUUACAUUUGAAUUCAGCUCUUCCUGCCUUCAGGGCUGGUGCUCUGUUCACUGCGCCACCUAGCGGCCCCUCUGAAGUAAACACUUUAAGAUCUUAUGCAAGCAGCAUUCCCUCUCUAGGACCUAGUAACCCUGUGUGUGCAAGCAGGAACAUACAUUUAAAGCAGAAAGGGACUUUUACAGGCCAUUACUUUCGAUCUUUUCAUUUUACAGACGAGGAAACGGAGGCACUGAGAAGUUGUUGUUGUUGUUUUUUUAAUCUCUAAGAUGCUGUCCUAUCAUAUGAAAUGAAUUUUAAUGUUCAGUGGAAGCCCUGGCAAAGGGAUAUAGAGAACAGUCGUGGACCCCAUGGAUCCAACAUGGGAAAUGGAACCAGGAGGACACUACUUCUUAUUGACCCUGAGCCUGCUGUCUGGGGGAAUCCUAAAGUGUCCGGUUUCCUUCCUGUCAGAGACAAAUGGACAUAAAAAUGUCGACCAAGACAUUUGCAAAAACUGAAAUUAUUUGCCGCAAGCAAUGAAUGGGAAAAGCUCCGCGGGUAGAAAUAAAUGUUGUGUUAAAAGAAUAACCUAAGCUUCUGAGCUCCCCUCUUUAGGGCACAACCAUCUGGGCUCCCCUCCUUAGGGCACCAAACCUUCGCCCUGCCUCACUCCGGCCGGUUUCCAAGGCAACUCAUAUAGCCACUACCUUAGGUCAUCUCUCAUAAACGUCACUUCCUUUCCAUUGACUUCCGGGUCGUCACCCAGGCUCCCUGUCUCUUUGCCCCUUAGGACCCGACGGGCAAAAGGCCGCCGUUGUCUUCGCCUCAUCUCCCAUUUCCCAAGAGGGUGUGUUCGCCCCACUCCGGGCGGGGCUCAGGCCUUCCCCCUUUCUCCUAUACACGCAGCCGCAGCCGCAGUAGCAGCUGAUUUUUUUAUCACUUCCGGUCUGUGUAUUUCCGGGUCGUCUCCGUUCCUCAGGGUACGGGUCUCUCUCCUUUUGGGGUGGCUGGAGCAGCGAACGCCCCUGGCUCCGCUCCAGCUUUUCCACCACUUGCUAUCUUCAUGCCGGUUCUCGGGGCAGCAGCGGCUUCCUCUAAACCAUAAUUGUUCAAGACAGGUAACAUGCUAGUGCCCUUUAAGAUUGCUAUGCCCCCUGGAGAAAAGCCAUGGAAGAGAUGAGGUAGCUGCUACCUGGAAAUAUUUUAGGAAAGCUGAUUUCAAUGGAUACAAAAUAUAAAGACGACUUAUUUAGGAAGUACGUGCAGUUUCACGAGUCCAAAGUGGAUGCUUCCAGCACUAAGCAACGACCUGUCAAUGAUGAGUACCUCCGGGUGGCGGCCUCGGCUGUACUCAGUCUACAUAAGAUCGAGCCCUUUUAUAGAUUCCGGUUGAUCAAAUUUUAUGAAGUGGUUGAGAGUUCUCUUCGCUCACUGAGGUCCUCUAACUUGCGGGCUCUCCACAGCGCAUUCAGCACACUGGAGACAAUGGGAAUCAACCUCUUCCUUUACCCUUGGAAGAAGGAAUUCAAAAGUAUUAAAACCUACACAGGACCUUUUGUUUAUUAUGUGAAAUCAACAUUACUAGAAGAGGACAUCAGAGUCAUCCUAAAUUACAUGGGCUAUGUCCAGGAUCUUGGAAGUGCAUAUAGGCUCAAAGAACUAGUGGAAACUUUGCAGGUGAAAAUGGUCUCUUUUGAGCUUUUUUUGGCCAAAGUAGAAUGUGAGCAGUUGCUUGAAAUACACUCCCAGGUAAAGGACAAAGGUUACUCAGAGCUGGACGUGGUGAAUGAGCGUAAGCACAGCAGUGAAGAUGUGAGGGGCUGUUCCGAUGCCAUGAAGCGACGGGUAGAGUGUAAAGAGAACCUCACGGCUUCUAUGGCACGCAUGGCUCUUCAGAAAUCAGCCAGUGAGAGAGCAGCAAAAGAGUACUUCAAGCCCAAAGUGAAUAAGCCUUCCAAGUCCAUGGACACUUAUGAUAGUUACUGGGAAAGUAAGAAGCCACCACUGAUGACUUCACUCAGCCUCAGGAAAGAGCCUGUAGUGAUAGAUGUGGAAGAUGACAUCAAAGAUGAAAUUAUUCGACCAUCUCCCUCUCUCUUGACCAUGUCCAGCUCCCCACACAGCUGCUCUGAUGAUUUUGUGCCCCUUUCCUCAAAUCCCAAUGGCAUGUUAAGAACCAUCCCCCCUUAUAACACCUAUUUUUCUCCUCAAGAUGACCUAGACCUUUACACAGAUCCAGAUUCCAGGGGUACAUAUAGGAGACCAGAUUCUCUCAAGCCAGAUGUGUGGCUCUUCCGAAAUGACUCCACUCCCCUUUACCAUAAGCGUACGCAUCCCGCCAAAGAGACCGCCUCAUCCAAGUGCCAAAGCUGUGGCCUCAUGUGUGGCUCCUCGCUCUGCCAGCGGUGUGAAACUGUGCUCACUUGUCGGCAGGACUAUCCCGUCACCAAACAGAACAGCUUCCCCGUCAAGUCAGGCUCCCAUGACAGUUUGUCCCAUGGGGCUGCUCUGAGGGAGAAGUCUCUGUACACAGCACAGACUCAGAUGAUCCCUGACAGGUCAUCUCAUCUCCACUCAAAAUCCAAGGCUACAGCUGUAUCUCGAUGCGGUUUCUGCAACCGGUCAGGGGCCUCUAAUACAUGUGCAAUCUGUUCAAAAGUCUCAUGCGAUACCUGCCUCACUGCUUACCACUACGACCCGUGCUGCAAAAAGAGUGAGCAACACAAAUUCAUGCCUAACAGUCAACUCAACUAUAAGUCAACCCAGUUCUCCCAUCUUGUGUAUAGAUAGACUCAGACUUGCAUAUUCUGCACAAAGGGCUAAAACUAUACUUUGUGACUUCCUUGGUGAAGUCUUAUGCUGACCUCGGAAGUGGAGCUAUGCUUUCCUAUGGGGAAUGACAUUUCACACCCUCCCCCUCUUGCUGGUGUGUUUGUGUCUUCAUCCAUGUUACACACACCUUGGGAUCCACCCUGUCAGAUCUUUCCAGCAACAGACACUUUGUGAUUUAAUAAGGGGGGGAGGACUAACCAGGCUUCCUUUUGAGUCCGACACUCAGACUUGCUGGUCUUCUUAUCCAGCCCACCCCCACCCUCACUCAGUUUUGUUUUCUAAAGGAGUUUGAUCCCUGGGGUUUCCAAACAAUUCCCCAGAUGCCCCACUGAUGAGCUGCAGUGGACUGAGUAGGGACAGUCACAAAGACCCGUGGUUCCCAGUACGAGGACUAGUGAAAGAUUUGUGAAAGGGAGUAUUCUUUCACAGCAGCAUCUCCUAGGAGUUCUAGUGCUGCCCACAGAGGUUUUGUUCUCCAAGUGCUUCCUGAACUAUCCAACAACCUUCCCCUUUCCCCCUCCCCCACCAUAGACACUGUUUUCAGUCAUCACCGUGGCCUCUGAGGGGGUUCUCCUGGGCCCCUCACAGCUGGCUCUCUAGGUUUUAAAGUUUGAACAGAAGACAGUCUUAUGCUUGAUUUUUGUAGUGCUGCCGGUAGCUUCUUCUAGUGUACUGUACAGUAUUAGUGGACUUGUUGACAUGACAUUUGCGUUGCAUCCAUCCAAAAGAGGCCCGAUUUUAAUUCCUUUCUGUUGCACACGUAUUGACUUUCUUCUUUGUACUGUAAAUAGGUGAUUUGAAAAGUUUUAUUUUUUAAUAAAUAUAUUCCUUGUUGUGUGCUUAAAGGUGGUAAAAAUCAUUAUGUAGCUAUUUAUAACUUCUCGAGUUUUUGAUUGUUUUUAUCUUGAGGGAGGGGCUAGUGGUAAUGGAAGCUUUUGUGUUGGUUUAGUUUGCCAUUUAAUUCUUAGCUUCAUAAAGUUCCCUGCGUGAAGUAGGUAGUUAGUAGUGGGAAGGAACAAUGAAAAUGGGUUCCUUUUUUGAGUCAGUAGAGGUAACUAAGCUGUUGUUUUCCCUUUGAAAAACAUAUAUACUGUGUACAUAUAGAUACCUACCUCCCAUUUGCACUUCUUGGGGGUUAGUGCAGACUUAGCAGUGAGGCUCUGCCCCUGUAGAUGACUAGUACUACCCUCAAAUUUAGAGGCCACACUAAGGGCCUUAUCCUCAGGACUUCACUCACUAUGCCCCUAUAGUCUCUCUCUGGCACAAAAGUUGGAUCUGACCCUCCUAAUUGUCUAGGCCUUGUUUCCGAAGGAAAUGUAACUUACUUAGUCAUUCCUUUUAAUUCUCUCUCCUCCUGCUUACCCCACUUAUACUUCUACCAUAUCUUUAUCCUCAAUUUUCAGAAAAUGAGAGAGUUUGAGAUAUCUUUUGCACUUAAAGUGGCCAGAAACUGACUACUUACUAGAUAUUUCUAUGUAUGCUUGGCCUGUCCUAAAAAUUCUCUUCAACUGAAGGACACCUUUUACUCCAGAUUCAUGCAGUGAUUGACCAACUAACUUACCUUUAAAUUCUGCUUUGAGGUGAGGAGAGGGAAUAGGGAAAGAGUAAGAUAUUUCAAAUGGCUUAUUUAUGAACAUGCAAAAUUAUUUUAGCCAUAAGUAUGUCAAAUGUACAAAUCUUUUGGGAUUUUACCAAAAAUAUUUCUAAGAGCAAAGCAAAAAAGAAAUGUUUAGCUUUUUUUUUUUUUUAAAGGGGGAAGGAAGCAAAUUUGAAUUUGACUGGAUAUAUGUAUAUGGUGGUCACUGUUAACUUGCUGAUCUCCAAGCUCAACUGGAUGAUUUUUUUCCCCCAAUUGUUUGACUUUUGAAAAAUCUUUCUACACACACACACACACACACACACACACACACACACACACACACUGUGUAGAUCAUGUAGUAGAUAACACUGUAUAUAAAGCUGAAUUUUAAAGAAUUUCAAUACUGAAAUUAGUUACUUCAUUCUGGAGUGUCUUGCCUAUCCUACUUCUGAAGUCUCUAUUUCUCUUAUCCCCUGUCCAAACUGCCUACUGCAAAUUUUGUAACAAGCUGUGAAGCCAUGUGACUUAGAAGGUAAACCUUGGUCUGGAUGACUGCAUUAAUAAAAGUCUGGUGUAUAAUACAUAUUGUCCUUGAAAUACUGUUGUUCAAAGCUAUUGAAUUGCAAGUGCUCUGACCAUGCACUCUUGGUGUAUAUCUUAUUGUACCAGGUUGCUGUGUUUGAGACGACAGUAAAAAUAUAUAUCUGACUUUUAAAUGGAGGUGUUCUGCAUUUGAUUUCUACCAAGAUAGGUGAAGUGAUAAGAGAUGAUUUUAAAAAUAAAAUGUCUUCCACUAUUGUUAA